CCGAUAUAAUACAUUACAAUGUAAACCAAAAAAAAUACAAAAGCAUUUGGAUUAGAUCACGUUUUUGUUUAGUGUGCAUAUUUCAAAAUGAAGGUUUUCAUUUUUAGUGUGAUUUGUUUGUUUUCAAACACUUGGGCUACCCCAAAUGAAUACACCUCAAAGGCAGUUCAUUUGGCAUUGAGCAAUGUUGAUUUUGGAAUAUUGCCAGUAGAGCUUGUGGAAAAAAUUACUGCUACAUUUGAUAAUGAGGACGUAAGGGUAGGAGACAUUUCUGCACUCAUAAAUACAUAUGCAGACCAAAUAAUUGUCAAUUUGAGGAAAUACAUGAUCGACCACAACAUUAAUGAUGUGCCUUUAGAAGAUCAACAUUUAAAGCUAAAACCAACUGGUAAAAUUGACUUGAGAAAUGGACACUUAAGAGAUCUAAACACGAUAGGCAGAAGAGAAGAUAUUAGAGUUAACUAUUCUUCAGACAAUAAAAAAAUUUGGCUCACUUUGCCACUUAAAUUCGAUGAUAUUAAGUUUAACUAUGAUUACCAUACAAAAGCACUUUUCAUUAGUAUACAUGGAGGAGUAGAAGGAUCAGUUAAGGCAAUUAGUGUAAACGCUGAUUUAAGUUUUGAUUUUAACACUCACCACGCCUUCCUUGAUCAUUAUGACAUGAAGGACUCCGGGAAAGUUUCACUCAAAUUCACAGGCAAUAAGGUUGUUGAUUGGUUAACCAAUGCAAUGUCUUCGGUGGUCACCAAGUUGAUGGGUCAAGUUGUAGUAAACGUUAUCGCGAAAUUUAUCAGAGAUAACCUAAGAGACAUAAUUGAGCAACUAAAUCAAACUAUUGACAAGA